AGUGCGCGCGCGCGUCCAGACGCCAUGCUGGUUAUAGCACUCGUAUUUCUUACGAGCAUCUUCGUGGAAGCACGGCCUUUUAACAUCACCCAUCUCGUAGUCCCCGAAAUCGUCCCGCCCGGGCUACAAGAAGUGGAAAUCGAGUGCAGAUACGACGCUAACUUCACACUUCUCAACUGGUUUAAGGGUUCCAAUGAGUUCUUCAGAUAUAAACCUGGUGCGGCGCCGAGCACUCGUUCCUUUCCUAUCCUCGGUGUUGGGAGAGUCGAGCUCGUAGCUUGCGGGCCGACAGCCUGCCGCCUCAAGCUUGGGGCUUUGACUGAAGAUGCCACUGGGUUAUACAGAUGUGAUAUCGAACGGGAUGUACCUCCGUACAGAUUUGCGACUCGAAAAGCGUACAUGGAGGUACACGGUCAUGUGCAUAGAAAACCACUGCUGGAUGGGUUGGCCGAGGAGUUCGGGGAAGGUGAUGAAAUGAAGGCGUACUGUAGAGGCGCUCCUGACACCGAAUUGCGAUGGUAUAUAAACGGUAGAGAACUAGAGGAGUUAAGAGGCUCAACGGUUUUGAAAAAAACAAGUUCUAGAUUACUAUACCUGGGAAUACCACCGAUGGUCACUGUCCAAUGUGCUGAAUAUAAAUUCGGCAAACUAUUCGGUUCGAACCAAGAAAAAGCACGCUGGAAAGAUCAUACAGGUCAAGAUGAGAGGCCUCAAGAACAAAGGAAUAAAUCAGAUGUGUUAAAAUUGCAUUCCAUAUUUGUUUGUGUAUUAAGUUUGUAUUUGAUAAAGUUGUAAAACGUUUUGUGAUAAGAUAACGAAAUGCCAAAGAGUAUCAGAUUAAAAGUUCCUCAAAAUCUAAUUCCAUAAUUGAACAUGCCAUUUCAAAAAGGGCACAUCACACAUACUUAUUUCUGCAAAAAGGUACACCUCGUUUAUUAAACAUCUGAAUGUUUAACUUGUAUCAUGAAAUAUUCUUGUAAAAAGUGAUCCCUAAAUGAGAUUUAAAUCGAUGUCUAAAUGUAGCACAAAAAUAUUUUUAUUUCUUUCCCG